UCGCGAAGGCAAACCGCCGAUUCUCUCUUCCUUUCAUCUUUCUACUCGAUCCGAUCUAUAUAUACAAGUAGAUUGAAGCCGAACCAUCCCGAACGACGACGACGUUCUUCGUUCUGGUUGUUCACUGAGCAAUUAUGGUAUCAAGAGGAAGAAAAUAGGAGCAGAGGAAGCCAAAAGGGCCCAACACAACGCUUCUUCUUCCCGGGCAGUUCCAAGGUAUUUUCUUGCACACAGCGGUAGUUUCUCAGAACAUCCUCGCGACCCCAAAAAUGGCAAAAAGAAUUUUUUUUUUUAUAUAUGUUAGUGGGCCCGAAGAGAUUGCCUAGCCGCCCAAAAACUCUCUCGUCGCCAUUCGUUCGUCAUUUUCCUUUUCGCGCACGAGGGAGUUUCGCCUCCGUAAAUCCCAUUCACUCGCCCCGAUUGCGGUUGUGGGACGACACCUCCAUGGCCGCCUCGAUGAUUUCCCGCCACGUGGCUGUCAUCGGCGCCGGGGCGGCCGGCCUCGUCGCCGCCCGCGAGCUCCAUCGCGAAGGCCACAGGGUGGUGGUCUUCGAGCGCGAGUCCCGCGUCGGCGGCACCUGGGUCUACACGCCCGGCACCGAGGCCGACCCGCUCGGGACUGACCCGGGUCGUGCCGUGGUCCACUCGAGCCUCUACAAGUCCCUGCGCACGAACCUGCCCCGCGAGGUGAUGGGGUUCGGGGACUACCCGUUCCUGGCGAGGGCGGACGGGUCGGGGGACCCGAGGAGGUACCCGGGUCAUGAGGAGGUGUUGGCUUACUUGGAGGAUUUCGCGAGGGAGUUUGGGCUUGAAGAGAUGGUGAGGUUCGAGAAGGAGACUGUGGGGGUUGGGAUGGUGGAGGAAGGUGGAAAGUGGAAGGUGAAGUGGAGGAUGAGAAAUGGCGGCGGCGGCGGCGGCGGCGGCGGCGGUGGCAAUGGCAGACGAGAAGAGGACGUUUUUGAUGCGGUGGUUGUUUGUAAUGGGCAUUACACGGAGCCCCGAAUAGCGGAAAUCCCCGGCAUUGAUCUGUGGCCGGGGAAGCAAAUGCACAGCCACAACUAUCGUACACCCGAGCCAUUUCAGGAUCUAGUUGUUGUUUUGAUAGGGAGCGCUGCAAGUGCCGUGGACAUCUCUCGGGACAUUGCCAAGGUCGCGAAAGAAGUUCAUGUAGCAUCUAGAUCAUACGAGGACAAAACUCUUGGAAUUCAACCUGACUACAAGAAUCUGUGGCUUCAUCCCAUGAUCGAAAAGGCCCAUGAAGAUGGUAAAGUCACUUUCCUUGACGGGGGUUCUGUAGGCGCCGAUAUCGUUCUACAUUGUACCGGGUACAAAUACCAUUUUCCUUUUCUUGAAACCAACGGAAUUGUGUCCGUGGAUGACAAUCGUGUCGGACCAUUAUACAAGCACGUAUUCCCACCACUUCUGGCGCCUCGGCUAUCAUUUUUAGGAUUGCCAUGGAAGGUCGUACCAUUUCCCCAGUUCGAAUAUCAGAGCAAGUGGAUAGCCAGUGCUCUGUCCGGUAGAAUCGCUCUUCCAUCAGAGGAGGAGAUGAUGGCAGAUGUAGAAGAUUUCUACUCUGAACUCGAAGCUGCGGGCAUACCGAAGCGAUAUACUCACAACUUAGCCAACUCACAGUUUGAGUACAACGAUUGGCUAGCGGGGCAGACCGGUUCUCGGCCGUCCGAAGAAUGGAGGAAGAAAAUGUACUCGGACAGUUCGAGGAAGAGGCGGGCUGGACCUGAGACGUACCGCGACGAGGGGGAAGACGAGACAUUGGUUUCGCAAGCGCACGAGGACUUCGCCAAACACCCGUCGCAUCGAUGAUUGUGUAGUUGUGUUUCCUAAUAAAUUAAGGAUGACCUAAAGUAGACCAUCCGUGCAUCUCACCAUUCUUUUGUUCUCCAAAAGGAUAUUGUAUUGGUGAUGACAGCAAAGCCAACAAGAACAAAAGCAACAUCGUUUGAGAA